UCUUCUGGUGGGCUCUCCGCCUCACAAUAUAAUCGUAUCGGUUCAGUCGUAUAGUCGUAUCGUCGUCCAAACACCGCGAUCACUUAUUACUACUCUGCUCGCGGCUACGGCUAACGAUCAUUUUCAUUAAUAUACAUAUCCAUAUAUUAUAUGUAUAUCUAUCUAUACUACUUAUUAACAAUUAUAAUAGUAGUACACUUGUAAUAAUUUAACUAAUUAUACUCACUUGUCGCUCUCAUUAUUAUUGAACCAACCGAUUUUCAACAUCUCUCAUUAUCAAUAAAUAAUAAUAUAUAGAGCAGACAAUUAUCACUUGAUAUAAGUAUAACGAAACUUUUUAUUAUUCUUCAUUAAAAUUGGUGAGACUGUGCAUUCGAGCUAACGAACUUAAUAGAUAACGUUUUAUUUCAUUUUUAUUUUUAAUAAAUCGAGGAAAAAAAAAGCGUAAAAAUGUUUGUGGAAUAUGCGGUACAGUGUAUUCGGGGUCUCACAAAAGACAUUAGCAAGGUUGAAAUAAUAAAUAUCUACAAUAUUGUGGUAUUCAUUAUGGUAUUUGGACUAGUCAAACUGAUUUAUUGGGCCCGGAAUCUGCGACGUUUGCCGCCCGGACCUUGGGGAUUCCCCAUUCUCGGUUAUCUCCCGUUCAUAAAGGGUGACUUGCAUCUGCAGUUUGGUCGAUUAGCUGCUAAAUACGGGUCAAUGUUCAGUGCUAAACUUGGUAGUCAGCUUAUUAUUGUUCUAAGCGACUAUCGUACCAUUCGAGAAACAUUCCGGCGAGAAGAUUUUUCCGGAAGGCCACACACUGAAUUCAUGAAUAUUCUCGGCGGUUAUGGUAUUAUCAAUACUGAAGGUGCGAUGUGGAAAGAACAGAGAAAAUUCCUUCAUGAAAAGUUACGAGGUUUCGGCAUGACUUACAUGGGAAACGGAAAAAAAUCCAUGGAGACCAGAAUCAAACGGGAGAUAGAAACUCUGAUGCACACACUAUCAAUCAAGUGCGGCGCUCCAACAGAUCUUUCACCUUCGCUCAGUAUAUCAAUCAGCAAUGUCAUCUGCUCGAUCAUCAUGGGAGUCCGGUUCCAACACGGCGAUGCCAAAUUCCGAAGAUUUAUGGAACUAAUAGAUGAAGGUUUCAAACUCUUUGGUAGAAUGGUUCCUGUUAAUUUCAUCCCAUUGAUGCGAUACCUGCCCGGACUUUGCAAAGUCCGUAAUAAAAUAACUCACAAUCGAAUUGAAAUGGCCGAAUUUUUCCAAGAAACUGUUGACGAACACCGCAACACCUUUGACAAAGAAAAUGUACGAGAUCUCGUGGACGCUUAUCUACUAGAAAUUGAGAAAGCUCGCACAGAAGGAAGGUCCGCAAUGUUAUUCCAGGGAAAAGAUCACGAUCGUCAAAUGCAGCAAAUACUGGGUGAUUUGUUCUCUGCCGGAAUGGAAACCGUGAAAACGACUUUGGAAUGGGCUGUAAUUUUAAUGCUACACCAUCCAGAGGCAGCCAAAGCCGUCCAAGAAGAACUGGACCAAAUUGUUGGGCGAUCACGUAUGCCCGCGUUGGAAGACCUUCCUUACUUACCAAUUACCGAAGCCACAAUUCUCGAAGUAAUGAGGAGAUCCAGUAUUGUACCACUUGGAACCACUCACGCAACUACUAAAGAAGUUACGUUUAACGGAUUCACAAUACCAGCAGGAACGCAAAUAGUACCGCUACUCCAUGCAGUUCACAUGGAUCCGAAUCUGUGGGUCGAGCCAGAAGACUUCCGACCAACGCGGUUUCUCUCAGCCGAGGGUAAAGUCUGUAAACCCGAGUAUUUUAUGCCCUUUGGCGUGGGACGCAGAAUGUGUUUGGGCGAUGUACUUGCUCGCAUGGAACUCUUCCUAUUCUUCAGUUCACUUCUUCACACUUUCGACAUAAAACUGCCCGAAGGCGCAUCGCUGCCCAGUUUAAGAGGCAACGCCGGUGUCACUGUCACACCUGAUCCAUUCAAAGUCUGCCUGGCACAAAGACAUCUCGACAUUCCUGAUUUUCAACACGAAACAAUUAGCAGUCCGUUGAGAAAUAUCGGCAGUCAUUAAAAUUCUAAUGCACGCCUUAGCUAUUUAUGACAGACAGAAAAAAAAAAAAAAAAGAAAAAAAAAUUAACAAUCAGAGCCAUGAAUGUGUGAUAUAUAUGUUCGUAUAUAGAGUAUGUGAUCGUAAGUAAAAGAAAAAAAAAAGUAAUAAAAAAACGACAAGAGAUAAUAUUAGUUAGGUAGCUAGAUAAUUAGAUAGAUUUAUAGAUAAUAGAUGUAUGGAUGAAUGUAUGUAAUAUGUGUAAGUGUGAAUGUGCGUAUAAGCUUGAGAAGAUGAACAAUUUUCGAUGGCGCGCGACAAGCAGUACAAAUCAAACACCAAAAUGUGUCAGCGCCUUCGUUGUAAACCCGCCGCCAUAUUAUUUAUUUAUUAUCAUUAUUAAUUUUAAACACUAUCAUUAUUAUUAUUUUAAUUAAUAACAUUAAUUUAUUUACUAGUGAACAACUUAAUAAUUAGUUACUUGUACAUUAAUACCAUUAUCUUUGUAUAUGCAUAUAUGUAUAUAUAUGACUAUGCAGAGUUUUAUAACUUAAAAUUAAGAGCAAAAGAGAAUGAGAGAUAAUGUUUCAUCGCAUCUGUUUUUUUUUUUUUUUUUUUUUUUUGUUUUUGUUUUAUUUACAUUUAAAUAAUAUUAUUAUUAAUGAUUAUUACCGCGAAGAUAUGUGCCAAAAGUAUAUAACUGCCAGUUGGGCGUGCGCGAUCUCAUAUAUAGAUUGUAUAUAAAACUCUAUAAUGAUGACAGUAAUACCAUGCGCUAUUUUUGUAUAACCAAUAUGAUAAUAAGACUGACCUGCGGUUUUUUCCGAAGAAAAAAAACAAAUUGUUUCUUUUUUUUUUAUCCUUAUUUAGUCUUACCAAAUUAUUCUCUUACACAUUUAUAUACUUGUUCACAAACAGACAUUCAACACACCCAUUUACACACACACACACACAUACACACAUUGAUCAAUUUAAUGAUAUACUUAUUUAUUAUUACAAGCUUCCACAGUUUCUUUUUUUGUUCAAUGCCUUUAAACGGCAUGUUCUUAAAAUAAUUCUCAUUGUUUAUUCUCGAACAUAGGUCGCGUCGUGAUACACGCAGUGGUCAUAUUUUUGAUUGUUUAUCGCAUUACCUCAAGUUCAAUAUGCAGUCUGUUUAGUUCACUGACCAAUCUUAUCGUUUAUAUGUUGCGCGUGUGAGGUCGGCCCGUCUGCCACGUGAAUAUAUCUAUAUAUAUAUAUAUAUUGAAUACUCGACGUCUGAGUACACGCGCGAGACGAUGCAAUAAAAAAAUACAAGAACAGAAAAAAAAAGAAUUUAAAUUGAAAUAUAUAAAUAAGACACUUACAUUGUAAUACUGAUAAAGAGACAAUAAAUAAGAGAAUUUGUAAGAAAGAUAAAUCAUUUUUUUUUAAUUUUUAUUAUUAUUAAAUUAUUAAUGCUCUAUAAUUUAUAAAAUCCGCAGUUCUUUUUAUACUUUUAAAUAAAACAUUCUUAUUUCACUUUAUAAGUCCAUAUGUGUUCAUUUGCUGUUAAUUAAUUUAAUGUACUUUUCAGUUAAUA